AUGGCACAGAAAACAGGCUUCUCCGCCUGGAGCACAUUGUUCUACCUCUUUUUACUAUUUGUCGCUCCUCUGGCAUUAAUAGGCACUGCUCACGCAGAUGCUAACACCAAUGAUACUGCUGACAGCUAUGGAACCGUUAUCGGUAUCGAUUUGGGCACCACAUACUCUUGUGUCGGUGUCAUGCAGAAGGGUAAAGUCGAAAUCAUCGCCAACGACCAGGGUAACCGUAUCACUCCAUCAUGGGUCGCCUUCACCGACGACGAAAGAUUAGUCGGAGACGCCGCCAAGAAUCAAGCCGCCGCUAACCCCAAGCGAACCAUCUUCGAUAUCAAGCGUCUCAUUGGCCGAAAGUUCAGCGAAUCUGAUGUCCAGAAGGACAUCAAGCACUUCCCAUUCGACGUUGUUAACAAGGACGGAAAGCCACAUGUCAAGGUCGAAGUCAACGGUGCUGACCGUACUUUCAGCCCUGAGGAGAUCUCCGCCAUGGUUUUGGGCAAGAUGAAGGAAAUCGCAGAGAGCUAUCUCGGAAAGAAGGUUACCCACGCCGUUGUUACCGUCCCAGCUUACUUCAAUGACGCCCAACGUCAAGCCACCAAGGAUGCCGGUUCCAUUACUGGUAUGACCAUCCUCCGUGUCGUCAACGAACCCACCGCCGCCGCUAUCGCCUAUGGUCUUGAUAAGAAAGAAGGUGAACGCCAGAUCAUCGUCUACGAUCUCGGUGGUGGUACUUUCGAUGUCUCUCUCCUCUCCAUUGACCAGGGUGUCUUUGAGGUCCUUGCCACUGCCGGAGAUACCCAUCUCGGAGGUGAAGAUUUCGAUUACCGUGUCAUCAACCACUUCUCUGCCCAAUACAACAAGAAGAACAAUGUCGAUGUCAAGAAGGAUCUUAAGGCCAUGGGUAAACUCAAGCGUGAAGUCGAAAAGGCCAAGCGUACUCUCUCUUCCCAGAUGUCCACUCGUAUCGAAAUCGAAUCCUUCCACGAUGGAAACGACUUCUCUGAGACCCUUACCCGCGCCAAGUUUGAAGAGUUGAACAUCGAUCUCUUCAAGAAGACCCUCAAGCCAGUUGAACAGGUUCUCAAGGAUGCCAAGGUCAAGAAGACUGAGAUCGAUGAUAUUGUUCUCGUUGGUGGUUCCACUCGUAUUCCAAAGGUUCAGGCCCUCCUUGAGGACUUCUUCAACGGAAAGACCGCUUCCAAGGGAAUUAACCCCGAUGAGGCUGUUGCCUACGGUGCCGCCGUUCAGGGUGGUGUCUUGUCCAACGAAGCUGGUACUGAAGAUCUCGUCCUUAUGGACGUCAACGCCCUUACCCUCGGAAUUGAGACCACCGGAGGUGUCAUGACCACUUUGAUCAAGAGAAACACUGUCAUCCCAACCCGCAAGUCCCAGAUCUUCUCUACUGCCGCUGAUAACCAGCCAGUCGUCUUGAUCCAAGUUUUCGAGGGUGAACGUUCCAUGACCAAGGACAACAACCUUCUCGGAAAGUUCGAGCUUACCGGCAUUCCACCAGCACCACGUGGCGUUCCCCAAAUUGAAGUCUCCUUCGAGCUCGAUGCCAAUGGUAUCCUCAAGGUUUCCGCCAGCGACAAGGGUACCGGAAAGUCUGAGUCCAUCACCAUCAAGAACGACAAGGGUCGUUUGAGCCAGGAGGAGAUUGACCGCAUGAUUGAGGAAGCCGAGAAGUUCGCUGAGGAAGAUAAGCUCGUCAAGGAGAAGAUCGAAGCCCGAAAUGGUCUCGAGAACUACGCCUACUCCCUUAAGAACCAGGUCGCCGAUGAGGAAGGUCUCGGUGGCAAGGUCGAAGAGGAAGACAAGGAGAAGCUCAACGCCGCUAUCAAGGAAGCUACCGAAUGGCUCGAGGCUAACGCCGCUACCGCCACCAAGGAAGACUUCGAUGAGGCCAAGGAGAAACUCAGCUCCGUCGCUUACCCAAUCACCAGCAAACUCUACGGUGGCGCUGGUGGCCCAGGUGGCGCUCCAGCGGACGAGGAACCAUUGGGUGGACACGAUGAGCUAUAA